UUACAUUUGAGGAGAGACAGAAAUCCGCAGGUUUUUACUCCCCAUUUUGCAUCAAUAUAUUUCUGAGAUGUACAGUGACAGUCAAGUUGAGAAGCCCGGUGAAGAUCCUUGGUAUUACGACAAACGUUAUGCAAGGUUUUGGCAUCAUUACAACACCAUGAUGAUGACAGCACACAAAGAUGCAGUAGUAAGAGCGAGACAUAUUGCAUCACAUACUAAUACAGCCCUCAGUGGAAUGCUCAAAGAACAACCAUGUCAAAAUUUACCAAGGUACAGCGAUUUUUCAAGGCUUAGAAAAUCUGCAUCCAGUAGAAGUGUGAGUGACAUUUCGAGAUCAAGCCGAAAUCGCAAGAAGAGAAAAAGGAAGAAAAAGAACAGGCAGCACAGAACUCAGGCCAUUCAUGACAGCCAAGGAACAGUGAGUGACAGUGAAGCCCUGCAGUCGCAGAUGAGCCAAGGAAUGCAUUUGCAGGAUGAGGAGGAAAGCAUGGAAGUUAGUGAAGACUUCUUGGAAUUUCUUCAGAAGAGUGAGCAACACCGUGUCGAGUGGAAAAUCCGUAAGGUGAAAAAGGCUUUGGACGAGGAGAAACAGUCGGAGGAUAGUGAAAGCAAUUCCAAACCAAAGGAGCAUCCGGAUGUUGUCCGGAGCCGAGAGAUGCACCAGUUGUAUGGGGAAGCAGCAGCAAGAAUACAUGCAAUGGAGACUGCAGUCCAGCUGUCUUUUGACCGUAUAUCAACACUGUAUCAGCCUCAGUAUUGGCCAAACAUUCCCUUCAAGUUGAUAUUCUGAGGAGACUUUUAGCUUGUCUGACUGCAAAGAAACUACUUUUUAUAAAUUCAUGAGAUUUAGAAAUGAUGGUAACACUGUUGAGUAGUUUUCAUUCAUUGUAUUUUAUUACAAUAAAAAGGAAUCAAGCCUUAAAUAUUUUGUUUUAAUGUUUGAUAACUUUUUCAGACAGUGAUAUAUUUCUUUUAUUUUAGUUUUACUUGAACAUCUUACAUGAUGUAUAUGAUAGUAAUUGAUUGACUAACUUGAAAAAUGUGUAAUUAUUUUACUACUUCAUUAAAAAAAAUAUUGUA